AUGACGUUGUUUGCGCUCAUCGAGGCGCAGCUGCAGUCGACGGCCGCGUACGAGCAGUCGGACGCCUCCGCGCUCCUCUUCGACCAUUGGUACGACCUCGCCAAGGCCUACGCGGCCAACUUUGGCCCGGACACCGUGCCGCAGAUGCUCCACGAGACGCGCCACGCCCUCGCCAUCGCCCUCACGACGUACUCGCCCGACCGCCUCCGCGACCCGUCCACCGACAUGUACGCCGUCCGCGAGCUCUUCCGGCAUGCGCAAAAGAUCUUUGAGAUUCUGCGCACCAAGGUCAAGUUCACAGCCCUCUUGGACCCGCUCGUCGCCGAGGAAGAUGCGAGGAAUGUGCUCUGCGCGUGGCUCAUCGAUGUGGGCGUGCCAGCUCUCGAAGCAAUUGGGCUCUCGGAGACGUCGCCUCCCAACGUCCGCGUCGACGCGCUCGAGACGCUCGAGGAGCUCGUGCGCACGUGGGCAAUCCUGAGCGUACACGUCGACUGGGCCGACGCAUUCACGGGCGACCUCGGCCUUUGCCUCCAGACCACCGCCCUCGUCCACGUCCUCGCGUCCAUCUCGACCGACGCGAGUGUUCGCGACGCAGCGCUAAGCGUUGUUCUUGUGCUGGCGCCACUGGCCGAGCCCGGGUCGGUCGCUUCGACGCUCGCCCGCGUGGCGCGCGAUGCGACGGCGCUACUGCCACUCUGGCGCCUCGACGUCCUUGGGCAGAAAAGCGCGCUCGACGUGCUCGUGACGCGCAUGCGCGUCGGUAACGUCGACCAGACGCCUCUCCGCGUCGCCUUUUGCCUCGCGCUCAUGGAGUCGCUGUACGAAGCGCUGCUCAACCAGAAGACGAGCCGCGUCGAUGCUCUGGACGCUGCUGCACACGUCACAGCCAUCGUUCGCGUCUUUGGCACGGCGCUAAGCACGUUUCAGCGGGUGCCGACGGAGGGCAGCCGACGCAUGCUCCCCGAUGUCUUCUUGCAGACGGUCGAGCUGGUUUUGCUCGAAAGUCCGUCGGACGAAUUGCUCCAGUUUGCGCUGGACGCCGACGAGUACUCGCUUCUGUGCGUCGUCGUGCGCAGCAGCCACGCCUUCGCCGAGGCGGCGUGGACAAACCUCCUCUUGCCCUACGCGCGAUCGGAGCUCGCAAAGUUGCCGCUCCAAGGCGUCUCGGGGUCCCAGCGCGACCAAGAGGUCGUCAACCUCAUCCGCGAAGCGUGUCGGCUCUACUACCUCAACAUUGACCGCGUCCCGAGCGCCGCUUUGGGCAAGAACGUCUUUUUCAGCGUCACGCAGGCCAUUCGGCACGGGUACUACGAGACGGAGCGCUUCACUGAGCUCCUUGCGCUCGUGAUGCACCGCCACUUUCUCCUCGGGCACCUGCAAGUGUACCAGUGGCUGCCCAUGCUGCUAUUACCGACGGUCGCGAGCAACCUCAAAACGAGCCGCGCGCUCGCCGAAGCCCUCUGGAUCUGCCUCGGCCUCGAGACGUCGUCGUUCGGGUGCGAGAACGCCAUCAUGUCGGGCGAAACGAGCAAGGAAGUCGCGUCGACCUUCUGCGUCAUCCUCGCCCGGCUGCGCACGGAGCCCGCAGACACUUUCUGGCGCGAUAUCUGCCUUCAUUUUGGCGCGUUCCUUGGCCAGCACCACGAUGCCAUGCGCGAGCUCCUUGGCUCGAUUGACGCGGAGCUCAAGGAGAACGAAGCGCGCGGCUGCAUCGCUGUCGACCGCGUCGUGUCGCUUUCGGAGCUUUUGCAUGCCAUGUCGAUGCGCCUCGAGACGGCGGACGACGCCUUCCGCCUCUUCCAGUGCGGUCUCCGCGUCGUGCAAAUGGGCGUCGGUCAGCCCACGGCGCUGGCGAUGGACAGUACCAUGACCAACGCGGUCGAGAAGCUUGGGCACAUCAAGCUCGACGACACAACGCUGACGGCGUUUGAGUCGGCGCUGACAUGUUGCGCUGUCCAGACGCGAACAGCGCUCGCCCACCUCGUGCCGCAGCUGUGCUUGGAGGACGUCAACGCCAUUGUGCGCCAGCAAGCCCUUCGUCACCUCCUCCCGCGCGAAGACCUCAUCAAGGCGCACGGCAUCACGCUCGUCCGAUCUCUCUACUGGAUCCACAAGCCCAUCUACCAGAGCGUCGACGUCUCGUCGCAGUUGUGCUUGGACCAGCUCUCGUUGUCGUUGGAGGCGUGCCCGGUACUCGUGGUGCUGGCGCGCGUCUCACCGCUGUACAUCUCCGAUGUCCUUCUCAAGCUGCUAAGUGCCGCCGACCUGCACGCGAUGAACGAUCCACUGAGCGAGUCGCGCUUCAUUGAGGCGCACUUGGACGCCGUCGCUGUCACGGGCCCCCGCAACGCACUCGUGCGCUUUGCUCUGUCCAAAGACGGGCUCCCGACGCUACCGCUGCUUGUGCGUCUGAGUGCGCAGUGGCACCAACUGAUCAUGGACAUGGUCGCAACCGGUCUCCUCCGCGAAGAGUCGAUGCUGCUUCUGCCGCAGCUCUACCCGCGCCUCGAGCGCCUCUUGAGCAAGACGGCGACGCGUUUCCAGUGCACCGGAAAGGGCCGCGAGGUGCUUUCAGAUGCGAUGACGACCGAGGACGCGGCGCACCAAGUCCAUUUCUGGAACCAGCUCCACCAACUGAUCGCCACCGAGUUUGAGCGCGGCGAUGCAAUGAAGGCGUUGCGCAUGGCGAGCACGAUGAAGACGUGGUAUCCGGACGACUACAGCCGCCUCGGCACCAAGGCCUUUGUGACUGACACUGUCUUUCCCCAAUUGCAGCGUACGGCGUUUCCGCAGUGCUUUGACGCGCCGACGCUCGAGGCUUUUGCCAUCUACUUUCGAGCCAUGCACGAAGUCAAGCUGCUCUUUCCCGACGAGUCGGAAAAACACCUCGACAUUUCCGCGCAGAUCGAUGCGCUGGCGCGCGCCAAGCUCCUCGACGUUGUGCGGACGUCCGGUGUUGCGGCUGCGAAAACGUGGAUCAACGUCUACGGCCUCCACGACCUGCUCCCGAUGCUGGCCGACGUGCACGAGUCCGACGGGCCCUCGACGCCGCUCCUCGCGCUGCGCGUGCCGUGGGCUGCGACCGCUGUCAACGUCAUGGACGGUGAGCUCAAGGCCUCGUCUCUCGACGCCAUCAUCCUCUCCACCGACAAGAUGCUGUAA